UCUUUAAAAUUCUUUUGACAAAUGUCAUUCUCAAAUUUUACGCUACAUUAGGGUUUAUUUUUAUUACAAUUUUAUAAAAUCCAUCUACCGUCCCAUUUUUCCACCCUUUAGGAUUUACUCACAUUCAUGUCAUAAAAUGGGUCAUAUAUAAUAUUACUAUGAUAUUUCCUCAUUUCAGCUAUAUCAAAAAACAUAAAAACAAACAAAAAAAAAAUAAAGGCCUGUAAUAAGAAAGAUAUUAUUAUUAACUCGAAAUUUGUGUUGUAAGAUUUGAUCGAAAAACCCACUUCCCUUGAUUUCAGAAAACCUUUGGCAACCUAUCAAAAACUGGAAAUCCCAGAUUUACUCCUUUUUGAUCGUCCAACUGCAUUUGACUUCAAUUUGUGUGGCGCCGCCCCAAGAGUUGGCGGCUUCUUCUUCUUCCUCUUCCUUUUUUUUUUUUUUUGAGUUGUAUAAUUGUUUUCUAAGUAAUGAAGGUAUAAUUUUUUUUUUUUUGGCUUGAUUUAUGUAAAGAUUGAUGAGAGAAGUGAAUUGGGGUUGUUGAUAAAGGAGACAAUGACUGGAGGGUCAUUGGGGAUUCGUUCUGGGAGUUAUGGUUCUUUGGAUAAACAGCUUCAAAACAGUGUUUUGUUGCCAAUUCAAGUGCCUUUAGCGACAAGAAGUAAGCCUUCUAAAGUUUUCAAGGAAAAGGAGACAUUGGUUCAUUGGAUCUGUAAGCUUGCUGGGCGUAAAAAGGUUGGAAUGUUGCUCCUUUCUGUAAUCUCUGCUGCUGUUUUUGUUUGGGUCGUGUAUGUUGGCAAAGGUGAAUACCAGGAUAGUGACAAUGUUCGUAAGGUGAACGAUAGCUUACCGAUUAAUAAUUCCGGAUUUCCCCUGAUAUAUGAAGUGCAAAGUGUCAAAAUAGACAAUUGGACAUCUUUAGUUGCCAGUGACAGUGUUGAAGGAACUGAAGUUAGAAAAAUGCCUCCUCCUCCUCCUUCAUAUUUUCUCGGCUACACUCUUCCUCCGGGGCAUCCAUGCUACACUUUCAGUUUACCCCCUCCACCAGCAGACAAAAAAAGAACAGGACCACGUCCUUGUCCCGUAUGUUACCUUCCUGUGGAAGAAGCUAUUGCUUUGAUGCCUAAAGUCCCAUCAUUUUCUCCGAUUCUUAAGAAUUUAACAUAUAUUUAUGAGGAAAACUUAAAUAAAGACAAGGAAUUUGGAGGUUCAGACUUUGGUGGAUAUCCUACUUUGAAGCAACGGGAUGAUUCAUAUGACAUAAGAGAGUCGAUGAAUUUGCGUUGUGGAUUUGUCAAAGGAAGCAAACCUGGCCGUGGGUCAGGGUUCGACAUCAAUGAUGAUGAUCUUCUCAAGAUGGAGCAAUGUCAUGGAGUUGUUGUUGCAUCAGCGAUAUUUGGAGCUUUUGAUAUAAUACAACAGCCAAAGAAUAUUAGCGAAUAUUCCAAGCAAACUAUCUGCUUCUACAUGUUUGUUGAUGAAGAAACAGAGGCUGAUUUGAAACUGAAUAGUGGUUUGGAUGAGAGCAAGAAGAUCGGAGUAUGGAGAAUUGUUGUUGCCCAUAAUCUUCCUUACACUGAUGGAAGGCGCAAUGGAAAGAUCCCAAAGCUUCUAACGCACAGGCUAUUUCCAAAUGCUCGUUUUUCUUUAUGGAUUGAUGGAAAACUUGAGCUCAUUGUUGAUCCUUAUCAAAUUCUUGAGAGGUUCUUGUGGAGAAAAAAUGCUACAUUUGCAAUCUCUAGGCAUUAUAAACGCUUUGAUGUUUUUGAUGAAGCCGAGGCAAAUAAAGCUGCAGGCAAAUACGAUAAUGCCUCCAUCAAUUUUCAGGUCAAUUUUUAUAAAAAGGAGGGUUUGACACCAUAUUCUGAAGCUAAACUUCCUAUAACAAGUGAUGUUCCUGAAGGAUGUGUAAUAAUAAGGGAACAUGUUCCUAUGAGCAACCUCUUUACUUGUCUUUGGUUCAAUGAAGUCGACCUUUUUACUUCAAGAGACCAAAUUAGUUUUUCGACAGUGAGGGAUAAGAUUGCGGCAAAGACAAAUUGGACUUUGAAUAUGUUCUUGGACUGUGAAAGGCGUAACUUUGUCGUUCAGAAAUACCAUAAGGAUGUUCUAGCGCAUAUGGCUCCAACGACUGUUUACCCUCCACCUCAACCGCUACGUUCGGCCAACAAACCACCUGGGAAAUUCGCAGUUGAAAUUUCAGGUGAAAAUAUUAUUCUAAAAGCUCCAUUCCGGAACAUCUUACCAAGACGUGGAAGAGAUAAGAGGUCCGAUUCUAGGCGUCAACGCAAAGUCAGCAACGAAAUUAUUUCGAGUUGAAGUGUUGAGUCUAAUUGCACUACUUUUCGCCUCUUCAAGUUUCAGAGACAUUCAUCUCAGAUCUUCCAAGACGAUGCAAACAGUGUUGUAAGUUUUGUUCCAUAAAAACUACAGUCAGUUCAACUUCUUUCACCUUUUUGGCUGCUAUCUAACUUUUGGCAAUUGUCUAUUUUGAUCCAUUUUUUGUUGUAUAUAUACAUAUUAAACAUAGUUUUAUAUAUAUUAUAAAAAUGGUCAGCCAUUUUGCUGUUUCAUUGUAUUGGGACUAAAAUUUUAGCAAAAAUCAAUGAGAAUUCACAUAGGUAUUCAUCUCC